ACUAAAACAAGUUGAUACGAGUGCAUAAAAAAUGACCGACUCCAAGUAUUUUACAACCACCAAGAAAGGUGAAAUCUUCGAGCUUAAAUCGGAGUUGAAUAAUGAUAAAAAGGAAAAGAAAAAGGAAGCCGUGAAAAAGGUUAUCGCCAGCAUGACUGUGGGCAAAGAUGUAUCGGCGCUAUUCCCUGACGUGGUGAACUGCAUGCAAACGGAUAAUCUGGAGCUAAAGAAAUUAGUAUAUUUAUACUUGAUGAACUACGCUAAAUCCCAACCGGAUAUGGCAAUUAUGGCUGUUAAUACUUUUGUAAAGGAUUGUGAAGACUCCAAUCCGCUUAUACGCGCACUGGCCGUACGCACAAUGGGUUGCAUACGCGUCGACAAAAUAACUGAAUAUUUAUGUGAGCCACUACGCAAGUGCUUGAAGGAUGAGGACCCUUACGUGCGUAAAACUGCUGCUGUAUGUGUUGCAAAGUUAUACGACAUCUCAUCUUCUAUGGUAGAGGAUCAGGGAUUCUUGGACCAGCUUAAGGAUUUGCUUUCUGAUUCCAACCCUAUGGUAGUGGCUAACGCUGUUGCCGCACUUAGCGAAAUCAAUGAGGCCAGCCAAUCGGGUCAGCCACUAGUCGAAAUGAACUCAGUUACCAUCAAUAAACUACUCACAGCACUUAAUGAGUGCACCGAAUGGGGACAAGUGUUCAUACUCGACUCACUAGCCAACUACAGUCCCAAAGACGAGCGUGAAGCUCAAUCGAUUUGCGAACGUAUCACGCCACGCUUGGCACAUGCCAAUGCAGCAGUGGUUUUAAGCGCCGUAAAGGUGUUGAUGAAGUUGCUGGAGAUGCUCUCAAGUGACAGCGACUUCUGUGCAACACUUACCAAGAAAUUGGCACCACCACUGGUUACGCUGCUUUCCUCAGAACCAGAGGUGCAAUAUGUUGCAUUGCGCAACAUUAAUUUGAUUGUACAAAAGCGCCCAGAUAUUCUGAAGCAUGAGAUGAAAGUGUUCUUUGUCAAAUACAAUGACCCAAUUUAUGUAAAAUUGGAAAAAUUAGACAUUAUGAUCCGAUUGGCAAACCAAACCAACAUUGCACAGGUGUUGAGCGAGUUGAAGGAGUACGCUACUGAGGUGGAUGUGGACUUUGUGCGAAAAGCCGUUCGCGCCAUUGGACGUUGUGCUAUUAAGGUUGAGCCCUCCGCAGAGCGCUGCGUUUCCACGCUACUCGACUUAAUCCAAACUAAGGUCAACUAUGUGGUACAAGAGGCCAUCGUCGUCAUCAAGGACAUUUUCCGCAAGUACCCGAACAAAUAUGAGAGCAUCAUCAGCACAUUGUGUGAGAAUCUCGAUACACUCGAUGAGCCAGAGGCACGUGCUUCAAUGGUUUGGAUUAUUGGCGAAUAUGCUGAGCGCAUUGACAACGCCGAUGAGUUGCUCGAUAGUUUUUUGGAAGGUUUCCAAGACGAGAAUGCUCAAGUGCAGCUGCAGCUGCUAACUGCAGUGGUCAAACUAUUUUUGAAACGGCCAUCCGACACGCAGGAGCUCGUACAGCAUGUGCUCUCGCUGGCCACACAAGACUCUGACAACCCUGAUUUGCGUGACCGUGGCUUUAUAUACUGGCGUUUGCUGUCCACUGAUCCAGCUGCAGCCAAAGAAGUGGUCUUGGCUGACAAGCCAUUGAUUUCAGAGGAAACUGAUUUGUUGGAGCCAACGCUGCUGGAUGAGCUGAUCUGUCACAUUAGUUCGUUGGCGAGUGUCUACCACAAGCCACCAACCGCAUUUGUUGAGGGACGCGGCGCUGGCGUGCGAAAGUCGCUACCAAAUCGCGCACCAGCAGCAGGCAGUGCCGAACCAGAAGCUGGUGGCGAAGCUAUGGUUAUACCGAAUCAAGAAUCUUUGAUUGGCGAUUUGUUGUCGAUGGACAUUAAUGCGCCCGCCAUGCCCGUGGCCGCACCAACUACCAGCAAUGUAGAUCUGCUCGGCGGCGGCUUGGAUAUUUUGCUCGGCGGUGGUCCGGCAGAACCUGCAGCUGGUGGGGCCACCAGCUUGCUCGGCGACAUAUUCGGCCUAUCUGGCGCCUCCCUCACUGUGGGCGUGCAAAUACCGAAAAUUAUUUGGUUGCCCGCUGAAAAGGGUAAGGGUCUCGAAAUACAGGGCACAUUCUCGCGCCGCAAUGGCGAAAUCUUCAUGGAUAUGACGCUCACCAACAAAGCAAUGCAACCCAUGAGUGGUUUUGCUGUACAGUUAAACAAAAAUAGCUUCGGGCUGAUACCCGCUUCGCCCAUGCAGGUGGCACCGGUGCCACCGAAUCAGAGCACUGAGGCGACUUUACCGUUAGGCACACAUGGCCCCGUACAGCGUAUGGAGCCAUUGAAUAAUCUGCAAGUGGCAAUCAAAAACAACAUUGAUAUUUUCUACUUUGCUUGCCUUGUACAUGGCAAUGUACUCUUUGCCGAGGACGGUCAGUUGGAUAAGCGCGUAUUCUUAAACACCUGGAAGGAGAUACCGGCCGCCAAUGAGGUGCAAUACAGCUUGAGCGGAGUAAUCGGCACCACCGAUGGCAUUGCCUCAAAAAUGACUACCAACAAUGUAUUCACCAUAGCCAAGCGUAAUGUCGAGGGACAGGAUAUGUUGUAUCAAUCGCUAAAAUUAACAAAUAACAUUUGGGUUUUGCUCGAAUUGAAGCUGCAGCCGGGUAAUCCGGACGCGACAUUGAGUCUGAAAUCGCGUUCGGUGGAGGUGGCGCCAAUGAUAUUCGCCGCUUACGAGGCCAUCAUACGCUCGCCAUAAACGGCGGGAGACUGCUGUUAGAUUUUUAAAAUAUUAAAAUUUCAUCAAUGACAUACCUACAUAGAUAAAUGCUGUGUUCGUAUGGAAUAGAAGCUGGUGUCGAAAGGCUGGAUUUAGUUUAAUGCCUCACUGGCGCCGAGCCGUUGAAGAACUUUUGGCAAAUAAGCGUGCAAGAAAUAGUUUCGAACUAGCAAGCCAAUAUUCUUAUUAAGUCUCAUCAAAAAAUUCCUUAUCAUUUAAAGAAUAAAGGGAAUGCCGCAUUAUACUACAGCCAGCUUCCCGACAUAAGCUACUAUUCGAUACAAAACACAAUGAAUUUAUUCAAACUUUGGAACUACAAGUAUUUUAGAUCAGCGCAAAAAAACAACUUUCCAAAAUUAUUGGAGCGCAUUUUGACUUAAUAAAUUGUUGCAAGCAAAAUGUUUUUGGUAUAUAAAAAUUAUUUAGUUAAACGCAUGCACAGCGCAAAGUACAUAUGUACGUAAGUGUGGUAUGUAAAAUCUGCAGAGAAUUAUUUUAAAAAUAAACAUUCCCGAAUUUUGAAGUUGAAAAAAUAUGUUUGCGAUUUUUACAUAAAUUUUUUU